CAGAAAAUUGAGCCUUUUGCCAGCAGUUGCAGCGUGGCUCUGUCCUCCCUCCAGUCUUCUAUCGCAAUGCUGAGCAGCAGCAGCAACCUGGAUAGCACUAAGGUGUGUGUGUGUGUCUGUGUGUGUGUGUGUGUGUGUGUGUGUGUGUGUGUGUGUAGUCUAGCGGUUAGAGUGUCUGCCCUUGAGCAAGGCACUCCAGGGUCGUCGUCAAUAAUGGCUGAUCCCUGGCCGUGACCCCACUCUCUGAGGGUGGGGAGUGGGAUACAUGUCAGCAGUUCCUGGCCAUAACUAAAGCUCUCACAUCAUACCUUGCUACAGAGAUCAUAUAUAACUUCCACCAAACCAAAAACAUCAAUCUACUUAUAAUAUAAAAUGACAGGUAACCUUGAUGAUGAAAGUAAAGAAAUGUAACUAAGAAAAAUCAUCAUGAGAGACAGAAUGAUCUGUAAUCUACAUCGCUCUGUUGCAGGUUUCAUCAAGACAACUAACCAAUCACAUCCUUUUAUCCACGUGUCAUGUAGUUUCAAUAGGAACAAACAUGUCUUGAACUUUACAGUAGAAACCUAUGGAGGAAUUCCAGGGAUAAUCACUUAACUCAAUGUUGGACCUAAACCCUGAUCUCAUUAGAUGUGCCUGGCUGUGUGAUGGAUGUUGUGGGUGUUUUCAGUAUAUUUUCAGGGGACAGACUGUGUGUGUGUGUGUGUCUGGUUCAGGAGGUAUCGGAGGUGCUGGAGCAGCAGCGGUCUCUGAUGAAGUGUGUGUUGGAGGACACCAGUCUGAACAGACUGAGGCUGGAGGGAGGAACAGUCCUGGCCCGUAUCAGGAAGGACGAGGCCUGUGAGAACCACAACUACAGGUACUGCUGGGAUAGGGUCUGCAUAACCAGGAAACGGGUGGGUCAAAUGUAGUGCACUAUAUAGGGAAUAGGGUGCCAUUUGAGACGCAGGUGUGAUCGGCAACUGAGUUCGAUCCAAAGAUCAGAAUCUUGGACGCAAUUAAAUCUCUGUAGAGAUUAUGUAUAAAGACUUUAUAAAGCAUUCAGACAGUGGUGUGUGCAUAACAAUUAGCACAAGCAAAUAUAGCUAUCACCACCAUUUGUUGCCAACUGACUUUUGUCCUUGUUGUCCAUCCAGGGAUGCAGUGGACAUGGUGAAUGUCUGUAUAACCAGGUAGAUGAGGAGGUCCAUAAACUGGUGAUCCUCUCCAACAAGUCCCUGAAACAGCUGGAGAGUCUGCUGGAGGUCCGCAGGUUUGAGGAACAGACAGAGCAGGUGGGAUUUUCACUUCAGUCAGACAGAUGGCUUGUCUUUUGGCAUUUAAUUAUGUUGUUCUGAUUGUGCUUACACACAGUAUGUUAGUCAUUUCUAGUUUGCUACUACUACAUGAUCUACUAAUGUCUAAUAAGCUGCUAGUUAUCUCAUAAUAUGAGCAACAGUGGCCCUGAUUCUAAAGUAUUGGAUGUGAGCAUAUUAUACAAAAGCCUACAUCCCAUCUCAUUCUGUCUCUCUCUCUCUCCAGAUCAAAGUAUGGUUCAGUGUGGAAGGAGCGAAGCACAUCACUCCCUUGGACUCUCUCCAUCUCUAUCUGGCUACGCUCAAAGACAUGAGGCAGAGUUUGGAACAGUUCUUUGAGGAGUCAGUUGUAAGUUUUAAACAUUGUUCAUUUCUUCCUGACUUGUUGUUCUCUGCUUUGAAAACUGCUUCUUAAGACUCUUAUGAACUCCAUUUCCCACGAGCCUCUCCUCUCUCUCCACAUACAGCAGCAGCAGAAGCAGGGUUUACUGCUAGUCAGGCAGUCAGGGGAGUCUCUCCCCAGCUCGGCCCUGCUGGACUUCAAACAGCACCUGGGAUCCAUCCUGGGUGGAGUUGAGAGGAGGAAGCACCAGCUAGACAUCCUCACCAACCUCUACGAGUUCUACGACUCUGUAAAGACUGACCCAGGAUCAUUUCUGAUUCUUGAUUUAUUUAUCACGCAAGAGAGAUUGAGGAAAAAUGAUGUGAUGAGAUGUCUUGUGCCGCGUCCCAAACGGCGCUAUGGGUCCUGGUCAAACAAAGGGAAUAGGGUGCCAUUUGGGACGCGGCACGCUGUAAGGGUUGAUCCUCCUUACUAUGACGCUGUCUUGAACCUUGACCUUUUGAUAGAUACAAUAGAUACAGAUUUUAGACAUUAAAAUCAUACACUGAGUGUACAAAACAUUAAGGACACCUUCCUAAUAUUGAGUUGCACCUCCCCUUUUUGCCCUCAGAACAGCCUCAAUUCGUCGGGGCAUGGACUCUACAAGGUGUCGAAAGCGUUCCACAGGGAUGCCGGCCCAUGUUGAUUCCAAUGCUUCCCACAGUUGUGUCAAGCUGGCUGGAUGUCCUUUGGGUGGUGGACCAUUCUUGAUACACACAGGAAACUGUUGAGCGUGAAAAACCCAGCAGCGUUGCAGUUCUUGAGCCAGUGCACCUACUACCAUACCCGGUUCAAAGGCACCCUCUGAAUGGCACACAUACACAAUCCAUGUCUCAAUUGUCUCGAGACUUAAAAAUCCUUCUUUAACCUGUCUCCUCCCCUUAAUCUACACUGAUUGAAGUGGAUUUAACAAGUGACGUCAAUAAGGGAUCGUAGCUUUCACCUGGAUUCACCUGGUCAGUCUAUGUCAUGGAAAGAGCAGGUGUUCCUAAUGUUUUGUCCACUCAGUGUACAUUGUAAUUCUACUCCCUCCUGUCCUGCAGGCUAACCAGUGGAUGGAGCACUGUCAGGACUACUUCAGGCAGCUGAACCUGGAGGACAGUGGUGUGAGCCUCCCUCCUGCAGUACUUCAGAUCCUCCAGGACUAUCAGACUGAGGCCUCCAAGUUCUCCCUGGACAACUUCAGCACCCUCAAUGACAUGGUCCUGUCCCUGGACAGGUAUACCACCUGCUGUAGGAUAGGGAAGGGUAGGGGUGGGGAAGGAUAGCGUGGGGUAGGAUAAGGUAGGGUAGGGUGGGGAAGGAUAGGGAAGAGUAGGAUAGGGUAGGAUAGGGUGUGGUAGGGUAGGAUAGGGUGGGGUAGGAUAGGGUAGGAUAGGGUAGGAUAGGGUUGGGUGGUUAGAAGGUAGGGGAUAGGGUGGGGAGGUAGGUGGGAUAGGUGAUGCACAUUGUAAGCGCUCGGAUAGAGGUGCAAAAUGAUAAAGGUAGAAUUAAGAUGGGUGGUAUGGAUAGGGUGGGGUGGGGGUAGGAGAAGUGGAGGGUAGGAUAGGGUGGGGUAGGGUGGGUAGGGGAUAAGGAUAGGGGGGCAGAUUGGGUAAGUGUGGAGUAAGUAGGGUAGGGUGGGCUAGGGUGUGUAGGUGGGUAAUGAUAGAUAGGGUGGGGUAGGGUAGGAUAAAGUGGGGUAGGAUAGGGUGGGGUAGGUUAGGGUAGGAUAGGAUAGGGUGGGGUAGGGUGGGUAGGAUAGGGUAGGGUAGGGUAGGGUAGGAUAGGGUGGGGUAGGUAGGGUAGAAGUAGGGUGGGGUAGGAUGGGUUUGGUUAGGGUAGGGUAUGGGUAGGAUAGGGUGGGUGGGGUAGAGUAGGGUAGGAUAGGGUGGGGUACGGUGGGGUAGGAUAGGGUGGGGUAGGAUAGGAUAGGGUGGGGUACGGUGGGUAGGAUGGGGUGGGGUAGGAUAGGAUAGGAUAGGGUGGGGUAGGAUAGGGUGUUCACUUAUUCGCUGAUGAUACUGCGCUCUAUACAUCAGGUUCAAAUAUUUUGCAGAUACAAGCAACUCUCCAAGAUGAUUUUUAAACACUUUACGAAUAUGUUUUUUUCUAGCAAAUAAUUUGUUUUUAAAUUAAAUAAAGUCCUAUAUCAUGCUGUUUGGUACACGGCAAAGAAAAACUCCACAACUGGCAAUUUCAAAAUUCAUGCAAGUGAUAGAACAAUGCUUGAAAGUGUUGGUUGUUUGAAAUAGCUGGGAUAGAGGAUAGAUUCUGAAUUAUCUUUUGGAAAGCAUAUUGAUUAUAUUAGAAAAACUAUUCAUUAAAAGCUUGGGUUACUAUACAGAUAUAAGAAUUGUUUUACUGUAUCCAUUAGAAAGACCUUAGUAACCCAACUGCUGCUUCCUAUCUAAAACACAACCAAGACCUUACUUUACGAAUUAGAUGUCAUUUAUUUAAAAAAAAACUGUAGAUUUGACAUUUUAGUCAACGCUCUUAUCCAGAGCGACUUACAGUUAGUGAGUGCAUACAUUUUUCAUACUGGCCCCCUGUGGGAAUCGAACCCACAACCCUGGCGUUGCAAGCGCCAUGCUCUACCAACUGAGCUACAGGAGAUCGAUUCUUGGCUGCCAUUAUAAGACAUAUCAUUGCACAAUGUAUGAAUCACUAAAUUGGCUGUCACUCCUAAACAGAAGACAACUGCAUUGGUACCAAUUCAUUUUUAAAGCUGCAAUAUGUAACUUUUUGGGCAACCCGACCAAAUUCACAUAGAAAUGUGAGUUAUAGAUCUGUCAUUCUCAUUGAAAGCAAGCCUAAGAAGUGCUAGAUCUGUUUGUUCUAUGUGCGUUAUUUCUAUGCUUCCCAGAUCUUAAGUUUAGUUUCUUGUGUCUUUACUUUCGGUUUUGUACACCAGCUUCAAACAGCUGAAAAUACAAUAUUUUUGGUUAUGGAAAGGAUACUUCACAGUGGUUUAGAUGGUACAAUGAUUCUCUGAACUAUACUUGCUUAUUUUGUCACAUAAACUGAAAUUAGGCAAACUAUUAGAAUUUUAGCAGCAGGAAAUGGCACAGCGAUUUCUGCAUAAUGCACCUUUAAAUGUAUCAACUUAAAUUUCCUUGUAUAUUUAUUAAGGAACACCCAUCUUUACAAGACUCACACUACUCAUUCCAAGGCUACGUCAUGAGGUUGGAGGAAGAUCUUUCAGAUACAAAGCCCCAACUGACUGGAAUAAUUUACCUGUAGAAAUCAGGGCAUUAAAUUCACAUAGUGAAUUUAAGAAAGAAAGCCCUUUUUCAAAUGUUAAGAUCAAACUUUUUGUGUUUGUAACUAAUAGAAACAUCACCAUGUAAAGAUAUUAUUAAAUAUCUAUGUAUAUAUUAUAGGUACUUAGUUGUAUUAGUUGUAUUAAUAGUUGUAGCAGUAGUUGUAUUAGUUGUAUUAGUAGUUGUAACAAUAGUUUUAUUAGUUGUAUUAAUAGUUGUAGCAGUAGUUUUAUUAGUUGUAUUAAUAGUUGUAGCAGUAGUUGUAUUAGUUGUAUUAGUAGUUGUAGCAGUAGUUUUAUUAGUUGUAUUAGUAGUUGUAGCAGUAGUUUUAUUAGUUUAAUUAAUAGUUGUAGCAGUAGUUUUAGUAGUUGUAGCAGUAGUUUUAUUAGUUGUAUUAGUAGUUGUAGCAAUAGUUUUAUUAGUUGUAUUAGUAGUUGUAGCAGUAGUUUUAUUAGUUGUAUUAGUAGUUGUAGCAGUAGUGUUAUUAGUUGUAUUAGUAGUUGUAGCAAUAGUUUUAUUAGUUGUAUUAGUAGUUGUAGCAGUAGUUUUAUUAGUUGUAGCAGUAGUUGUAUUAGUUGUAUUAGUAGUUGUAGCAGUAGUUUUAUUAGUUGUAUUAGUAGUUGUAGCAGUAGUUUUAUUAGUUUAAUUAGUAGUUGUAGCAGUAGUUUUAUUAGUUGUAUUAGUAGUUGUAGCAGUAGUUUUAUUAGUUGUAUUAGUAGUUGUAGCAGUAGUUUUAUUAGUUGUAUUAGUAGUUGUAGCAGUAGUUUUAUUAGUUUAAUUAGUAGUUGUAGCAGUAGUUGUAUUAGUUGUAGGCCUAUUAGUUGUUGUACAAUAACUUUUUUAUUUUUUAUGUAUGUUUUUAUUUAUUAUUAUUACUUCAUUAUUAUUAUCAUUAGACAGUAGUUGCCAUAUAAUUAUUAUGUCAUAGUUAUUAUUAUUAGACAGUAGUUGCCAUAUAAUUAUUAUGUCAUAGUUAUUAUUAUUAGACAGUAGUUGCCAUAUUAUUAUUGUUACUAAGUAUUGUUUGUUUGUUAGUUGUUUUUAUUUGGACACUCUUGAAAACGAGAUGAUGCAUCUCCAGAGAUUUCAUCCCACAAAAUUUCAAAUAAUAAAUAAAUAAUUUAGGGGGCUUUUUUCGCUCUGGGGUGAAGUUUACCCUAAGUACAGAUCGAGGAUCAACUUUCCCUCCCCCAAUCCUAACCUUUACCAUUAGUGGGGGAAAUUAAAAACUGACCCCAGAUCAGUGUCUUGGGGCAACUUCACCCUACACCUGUUUUUUCCACUGACCUUCUCUCUCUCCCUCUGACAGCCCCCGGCAGACCCAGCAGUGGAACGUCCUGUGGACCAAGUGUCAACAGACCAAGAACCAGCUGGAGGAAACCCUGGCCCAGGCCACAGCAGCAGCUACUGCAGCCUCUAACUCUGCAGACUCUAAAUCUGCAGCCUCUAACUCUGCAGCUUCUAACUCUGCAGCCUCUAAAUCUGCAGCCGGAAAUCUAACCACAGACCCCUCAGAGACUGCAGACAGACAGGGGGGCUGCACUCACACGGAGCAGCACGGGGCUGCUGCAGAGGACCUUGUUUUACCUGAGUUGCCCACUCUAGGGUCAAGGGUCAUGGUGUCAUCACUGGAGUUUGAGGAAGAGCCCAAGCGUCACUCCGCAGGGCACUUCUCCUCCAACUCCAACAACAACAAGAGCCCUUCCUCCUCCUCUUCCUGCUCCUUCACCUCCUCCUCCCUCUUCCCCUUCCCCCCCGCCCCAGAGGGAGACCCCCUCCUCAAGCUGCGGCAGAGCCCCUCUCUGUUCGACGACACGGACAGCGACUGCACCAUCGACUCCCUGGGGGCCGCCUCCUGCUACUCGGAGCCUGUCUAUUCGUCCUCUGGGACGCCACUCCACCAUCACCACCAGCACCACCAGCACCAGCAUCACCACCAGCACCGCAAACAGCCGCUCAAGAAGAUCAUGAAGAAGACGCUGAGCUAUGAGUUGACGGCGGCGCAGGACGGUGGCGGUGGCCACGUUGACACCAGCCACCUGCAUGGCUACACGGGGGUGUACAUCAAGGGGCUGGAGGUGGCCAACAAUGUGUCAGUGGAGAAGAAGCUGCAGAGGCCUGACGUGGUGAGCCCGGCACUGGGACGCAGCCGCAGUAUGUCCUCCCCCACCAGACACUCAGAGGGAGACGGAAAGAAGCAUAGCAGGUGAGAGGACACACUGUCAGCUAAAUUAACUAAAUGAUAUUGGCUGCAUCCCAAAUGGCACCCUAUUCCCAAUAUAGUGCACUACUUUUGACCAGGACCCAAAUGGCUUCACGGUUCUCUGUCUCUUCCCUCCUCAACAUUAAAUGAUAGGAUCUCUGCCUCUUCCCUCCUCAACAGUGAAUGAUAGGAUCUCUGUCUCUUCCCUCCUCAACAUUAAAUGAUAGGAUCUCUGUCUCUUCCCUCCUCAACAUUAAAUGAUAGGAUCUCUGUCUCUUCCCUCCUCAACAUUAAAUGAUAGGAUCUCUGUCUCUUCCCUCCUCAACAUUAAAUGAUAGGAUCUCUGUCUCUUCCCUCCUCAACAGUAAAGUGCAGCACAUCAUGGAUGAGAUGAUCUCCACGGAGAGGGAGUAUGUGCGUUCCCUCAGCUACGUCAUCGAGCACUACUUCCCAGAGAUGGAGCGGCUGGACCUGCCUCAGGACCUCUGGGGGAAACGCAGCAUCAUCUUUGGCAACAUGGAGAAACUGUGUAACUUCCACUGCCAGUACUUCCUGAAAGAGCUGGAGGCCUCCGCCCACUCUCCCCUGUCCAUCAGCAGCUGCUUCCUCAGACACGUGAGUCAUGGUGACAGACAGACAGACAUGCAGGCAGACAGACAAAAAGGCAGACAGACAGACAGAGAGGCAGACUGGCAGGCAGACAGACAGGCAGGCAGACACUCUCCCCUGUCCAUCAGCAGCUGCUUCCUCAGACACGUGAGUCAUGGUGACAGACAGACAGACAUGCAGGCAGACAGACAAAAAGGCAGACAGACAGACAGAGAGGCAAACUGGCAGGCAGACAGACAGGCAGGCAGACACUCUCCCCUGUCCAUCAGCAGCUGCUUCCUCAGACACGUGAGUCAUGGUGACAGACAGACAGACAUGCAGGCAGACAGACAAAAAGGCAGACAGACAGACAGACAGAGAGGCAGACUGGCAGGCAGACAGACAGGCAGGCCGACACUCUCCCCUGUCCAUCAGCAGCUGCUUCCUCAGACACGUGAGUCAUGGUGACAGACAGACAGACAUGCAGGCAGACAGACAAAAAGGCAGACAGACAGACAGAGAGGCAGACUGGCAGGCAGACAGACAGGCAGGCAGACACUCUCCCCUAUCCAUCAGCUGCUGCUUCCUCAGACAUGUGAGUCUUAGAAUGAGUCCCAAAUGGCACCCUAUUCCCUAUAUAGUGCACUACUUUUUUUUUUUACCAGGGUCACAAACAUCAACGUGAGGGUACCGUUUUGUAUUGCUAGGCGCUGUAGAAACACAAGCAUUGUGUUGGAGGUAGAAACACAAGCAUUGUACGCGACCAAUAAACUUUGACUUGAUUUCAACUUGGUUUACAUGUAGAUUCAUUUGGGAAGCUGCAGGGGACUGGGACCCAGACAGACAGAGUCUCCCAAAUGCCACCCUAUUCAAUAUAGUGUAUUAAUUCUGACGCAGUCCCAGUUCCCCCUAGACCAGGGAUGGGCAACUUGCGGCCCACGGGCGCUCAUAGUCACUCAAUUAGCUCAUGUCAGCUAACAUGUUUUAUAUUGGUAAGUUAGUCUAGCAGCCAGCUAUCUAAACUUGUAGUAAUCAUGGUCGAAUUAGAGCCCCAUUGAUUUUGUUAGUCAGUCUCACUCAGAUAUCAUAUUAAAAACUGCAACAUUUGUAGAUUUGCAGGAAAUUAGCUUUAAAACAGCAACAUUUUCUCUACACCCCAUGGCAAAAUGUGAGCAACUGCGGCCCCUCAUGAUGAGCAGAUUUUUUGUGGCCCACAACCCCCAUCGAAGUUGCCCAUCGCUGUCCUAGACAGACAGACCUUAGCCUAUAGCCUCAGGCUAGACAUGGACACUGCUGGAAACACAAGACAACAAAAUACACUAGAGAAACCCAAUGACCUCGUCUCUCUGACAGGGUGGUUCAUAUACAUGUUCCUCAGCUCAGUCAGACCAGAUAGAUUCAAUUUAAUUUAUUAUGAGAGAAUUAAAGAAGUGCACUAAAAUGUGUCCCAAACUACUGCAAAUGAAUGAGACGCAACACUCUCCAUAUGAAAAAAAGUGUAAUUCUAUUAAAUAUUAGGUUGAAAAGAUUGAACGAUUGUGAUGUUUCAGUCAAUGAGGCCCUUCAUCAGAUUUCUCAGUCAGAUAUCUGGUCUAGAUCCUGUAGGGACUGUAUGGAUUGGAAGUCAGUGGUAUGGAAACAUAACAAGGAGAGAGAGAGAGAGAGAGAGAGAGAGUGAGUGUGUCACAGUCAAUGUGCCCUGGGGCUGGGAACUGACACACUAAAACCCAAUGACCUAGUUCUAGCAGAGUGAUCUAAUAUGCCAUUUAGCAGACGCUUUUAUCCAAAGCGACUUACAGUCAUGCGUGCAUACAUUUUUGUGUAUGGGUGGUCCCGGGGAUCGAACCCACUACCUUGGCGUUACAAGCGCCGUGCUCUACCAGCUGAGCUACAGAGGACCAUCUACAUAUUGGACUGUCCGUCGUCACUCACUAACUUUCUCAAGAAAAAACAAACACUCUUUUUGAUAUUUGACCUUUGAGGUGGGCUUUGACCUUUGAGGUGGGCUUUGACCGAAUGCUUUUUCUCUUGGCCACAACUACAAGUAUAACACCAGUCAACGACAUGAUUUGGGUAUGAGUUACUUUAAAAUGUCCUAUCCUUUUUUCCUUUAAACAUGUGUUAUGAUUGGUGGGUACAUAACUCACUCAACUAUAAACAUAUAGAAAUCUAAACCCUCAUGUUGACGUUUUAGUUUAAAUCAAAUGGAAUCCUAAUGGUUGGUUGAUGGAAUCCAGGCCUCAUGAGCUAAAUGGGUCUCCGUGUUUAGGCCUAGUGUAGAAAACUGGGAGUCGCCCAAAUGGCACCCUAUUCCCUAUAAAGUGCACUAUAUUCCCUAAAUAGUGCACCCAAUGGGCCCUAGUCAAAAGUAGUGCACUAUAUAGGGAAUAGGGUGCCAUUUGGGACGGAUCCUGUGUGUGUACCUUUGGCUGUAGUCAGUGUGGUAACUUGUUAUUCCUGUGUGCAGGAGGAUCAGUUUGGAAUGUAUGCUCUCUACAGCAAGAACAAGCCGCAGUCUGACGCUCUACUCACCAGCCACGGGAACGGAUUCUUUAAGGUGCGUCUAGAAACGGCUCUGGUUACCAAAGUUCUAGGUUCAGCUUAACUAACACCAGCUCUAACCUGUAACCAAUAUGAACCAAACUACUGCACAGCAACAAGCUAAUUGUAAAGUUGUGUGAGCCAAACAUCAUGUAGGUACUGUUAGGUUCUGAACAAACUGAGUAAAACUAGAAAAAGCUCAAACCAAGUUUAUUCACCCACUGGGUCAUACAGCUGCAAAGACAAAGCAUGAUUACACAAGCACAUAUAUUUAUAACUUCUAAAGGCGUGGUCAACUCUUACACAUCUAGACACAAACAUCGUGCGAGCAGGAAUUAAUGGUCCUUCACUGGUAGUCCCAGCCUGCUGUACGAAACUUAGUGGGCGUGAAUGACGGGGGGAAAAAGUAUUUAGUAGCCACAAUGUGCAGUUCUCCACUUAAAAAAAUGAAGAGCCUAAUUUUCAGGACACGUCAACUUACAACAAAAUGAGAAAAGAAUUCCAGAAAAUAAGAGGAUUUUAAUGAAUUAUUGCAAUAGGGAAAAGUAUUGGAACCUACAAACAAGCAAGAUUUGGCUCUCACAGAACCUGUAACUUUUUCUUUGGAGCUCCUCUGUCCCCCACUCGUUACGUAUUAAGGCACAUGUUGAACUGUUAUCAGUUAUAAAAGACACCUGUCCACAACCUCAAAAAAGUCACACUCCCAAACUCCACUAUGGCAAGACCAAGAGCUGUCAAAGGCCACCAGAAACCCAAAAUUGUUGACCUGCACCAGCUUUGCCUGUUACUGAAACCUUGGUGGGCGUGGAAUGUAUGUGUGAGAUAACACUAGAGUAGGGGAGUCGUUGUGGUGGGCCUCUCUGGCCCCCCUCCCAGAGGUUUCUUCUCACUUCAUCUGUUGAUUUCACCUAGAGACGUAUUCCUCACUCCUCCCUAGUUCCGCAGCCGGGCCUGCCUUAUCGGAGACUAACAAUUGCCUUUCACCUCUAUUCUCAGAAACAUGGAACAGAAUAUGAAGCUUCUGCUCUCCGUAACUUUCCAUAUUCCUAGUUCCCAUCUACCCUUCCUUGAUCCCAAUAUAUACAUUCCUUAUACAUGUAAAGUAAUUAAUGCGUUCUAGUAUGGUAACAUGAAUCAGUACAUUUCAAGCUAGAGUCUAACAGUAGCUACAACUGUACAUCUGGUAGUUCUACAUUGAGUAACAUUAGAAUUCCCAUUGUCAAACUUUAUAUAGCUACUGGAUAUCUACCUAUGUAGAAUGGUGGAGUUGAAUUGCCAUCAGAAUUGACAUUUAGAAAAGCUAUUGCACGUCUGCAUACAGAGUCCUACAUCCCCUCUCAUCCUCCUCUGUGUGUGUGUCUGCUGUCCAGAACAAGCAGUUGGAGCUGGGUGAUAAGAUGGACCUGGCGUCCUACCUGUCUGUUGGUCUGUUUAUCUUUCUAUGUGUAUCUUGACCCCUGACCUCUACCCUCUGACCUCUCCAUCUUCCCAGAACAAGCAGUUGGAGCUGGGUGAUAAGAUGGACCUGGCAUCCUACCUGUCUGUUGGUCUGUUUAUCUUUCUGUGUGUAUCCUGACCUCUGACCUCUACCCUCUGACCUCUCCGUCUCCCCAGAACAAGCAGUUGGAGCUGGGUGAUAAGAUGGACCUGGCGUCCUACCUGUCUGUUGGUCUGUUUAUCUUUCUGUGUGUAUCCUGACCUCUGACCUCUACCCUCUGACCUCUCCGUCUCCCCAGAACAAGCAGUUGGAGCUGGGUGAUAAGAUGGACCUGGUGUCCUACCUGUCUGUUGGUCUGUUUAUCUUUCUGUGUGUAUCCUGACCUCUGACCUCUACCUUCUGACCUCUCCGUCUCCCCAGAACAAGCAGUUGGAGCUGGGUGAUAAGAUGGACCUGGCGUCCUACCUGUUAAAGCCCAUCCAGAGGAUGUCUAAGUACGCCCUGCUGCUGAAGGACCUGAUCAAGGAGUGUGGUCAAUCCCAGGAACAGGAGCUCUCUGACCUCCGCACCGCAGAGGAGAUGGUCAAGUUCCAGCUGCGCCACGGCAAUGACCUGCUGGCCAUGGACGCCAUCCGGGGAUGUGAUGUAAGUCAGGGGGGGUGGAGCAGUAGAGCAUGGCACCUGCAACGCCAAGUUUUGUGCGUUCAAUUCCCACUGGGGCCACCCAUAUGAAAAAUGUACAGUUGAAGUCGGAAGUUUACAUACACUUAGGUUGGAGUCAUUAAAACUAGUUUUUCAACCACUCCACAAAUUUCUUGUUAACAAACUAUAGUUUUGGCAAGUCGGUUAGGACAUCUACUUUGUGCAUGACACAAGUAAUUUUUCCAACAAUUGUUUACAGACAGAUUAUUUCACUUAUAAAUCACUGUAUCACAAUUCCAGUGGGUCAGAAGUUUACAUACACUAAAUUGACUGUGCCUUUAAACAGCUUGGAAAAUUCCAGAAAAAGAUGUCAUGGCUUUAGAAACUUCUGAUAGGCUAUUUGACAUCAUUUGAGUCAAUUGGAGGUGUACCUGUGGAUGUAUUUCAAGGCCUACAGUCAUGGUCAAAAGUUUUGAGAAUGACACAAAUACUAAUUUUCACAAAGUCUGCUGCCUCAGUUUUGAUGAUGGUAAUUUGCAUAUACUCCAGAAUGUCAUGAAGAGUGAUCAGAUGAAUUGCAAUUAAUUGCAAAGUCCCUCUUUGCCAUGAAAAUGAACUUAAUCCCCAAAAAACAUUUCCACUACAUUUCAGCCCUGCCACAAAAUGACCAGCUUCCAUCAUGUCAGUGAUUCUCUCGUUGUGAGGUGAGAGUGUUGACGAGGACAAGGCUGGAGAUCACUUUGUCAUGCUGAUUGAGUUAGAAUAACAGACUGGAAGCUUUAAAAGGAGGGUGGUGCUUGAAAUCAUUGUUCUUCAUCUGUUAACCAUGGUUACCUGCAAGGAAACGCGUGCCGUCAUCAUUGCUUUACACAAAAAGGGCUUCACAGGCAAGGAUAUUGCUGCUAGUAAGAUUGCACCUAAAUCAACCAUUUAUCGGAUCAUCAAGAACUUCAAGGAGAGAGGUUCAAUUGUUGUGAAGAAGGCGUCAGGGCGCCCAAGAAAGUCCAGCAAGCGCCAGGACCGUCUCCUAAAGUUGAUUCAGCUGCGGGAUCGGGGCACCACCAGUGCAGAGCAUGCUCAGGAAUGGCAGCAGGCAGGUGUGAGUGCAUCUGCACGCACAGUAAGGCGAAGACUUUUGGAGGAUGGCCUGGUGUCAAGAAGGGCAGCAAAGAAGCCACUUCUCUCCAGGAAAAACAUCAGGGACAGACUGAUAUUCUGCAAAAGGUACAGGGAUUGGACUUCUGAGGACUGGGGUAAACUCAUUUUCUCUGAUGAAUCCCCUUUCCAAUUGUUUGGGGAAUCCGGAAAACACCUUGACCCCGGAGAAGACAAGGUGAGCGCUACCAUCAGUCCUGUGUCAUGCCAACAGUAAAGCAUCCUGAGACCAUUCAUGUGUGGGGUUGCUUCUCAGCCAAGGGAGUGGGCUCACUCACAUUUUUGCCUAAGAACACAGCCAUGAAUAAAGAAUGGUACCAACACAUCCUCUGAGAGCAACUUCUCCCAACCAUCCAAGAACAGUUUGGUGACGACCAAUGCCUUUUCCAGCAUGAUGAAGCACCUUGCCAUAAGCCAAAAGUGAUAACUAAGUGGCUUGGGGAAACAAAACAUUGACAUUUUGGGUCCAUGGCCAGGAAACUCCCCAGACCUUAAUCCCAUUGAGAACUUGUGGUCGAUCCUCAAGAGGCGGGUGGACAAACAAAACCCCACAAAUUCUGACAAACUCCAAGCCUUGAUUAUGCAAGAAUGGGCUUCCAUCAGUCAGGAUGUGGCCCAGAAGUUAAUUGACAGCAUGCCAGGGCGGAUUGCAGAGGUCUUGAAAAAGAAGGGUCAACACUGCAAAUAUUGACUCUUUGCAUAAACUUAAUGUAAUUGUCAAUAAAAGCCUUAGACUCUUAUGGAAUGCUUGUAAUUAUACUUCAGUAUACAUUUACAUUUCAGUCAUUUAGCAGACGCUCUUAUCCAGAGCGACUUACAGUUAGUGAGUGCAUACAUUUUUCAUACUGCCCCCCCCGUGGGAAACGAACCCACAACCCUGGCGUUGCAAGCGCCAUGCUCUACCAACUGAGCUACACGGGGCCUAUACCAUAGUAACAUCUGACAAAAAUAUCUAAUAACACUGAAGCAGCGAACUUUGUGAAGACCAAUACUUGUGUCAUUCUCAAAACUUUUGACCAUGACUGUACCUUCAAACUCAGUGCCUCUUUGCUUGACAUCAUGGGAAAAUCAAAAGAAAUCAGCCAAGACCUCAGAAAAAAAAUUGUAGACCUCCACAAGUCUGGUUCAUCCUUGGGAGCAAUUUCCAAACGCCUGAAGGUACCACGUUCAUCUGUACAAACAAUAGUACGCAAGUAUAAACACCAUGGGACCACACAGCCGUCAUACCGCUCAGGAAGGAGACGCGUUCUGUCUCCUAGAGAUGAAUGUACUUUGGUGCGAAAAGUGCAAAUAAAUCCCAGAACAACAGCAAAGGACCUUGUGAAGAUGCUGGAGGAAACAGGUACAAAAGUAUCUAUAUCCACAGUAAAACGAGUCCUAUAUCGACAUAACCUGAAAGACCGCUCAGCAAGGAAGAAGCCACUGCUCCAAAACCGCCAUAGAAAAGCCAGACUACGGUUUGCAACUGCACAUGGGGACAAAGAUCGUACUUUUUGGAGAAAUGUCCUCUGGUCUGAUGAAACAAAAAUAGAACUGUUUGGCCAUAAUGACCAUCGUUAUGUUUGGAGGAACAAGGGGGUAACUUGCAAGCCGAAGAACACCAUCCCAACCGUGAAGCACGGGGGUGGCAGCAUCAUGCUGUGGGGGUGCUUUGCUGCAGGAGGGACUGUUGAACUUCAAAAAAUAGAUGGCAUCAUGAGGAAGGAAAAUUAUGUGGAUAUAUUUUGAAGCAACAUCUCAAGACAUCAGUCAGGAAGUUAAAACUUGGUCGCAAAUGGGUCUUCCAAAUGGACAAUGACCCCAAGCAUACUUCCAAAGUCGUGGCAAAAUGGCUUAAGGACAACAAAGUCAUGGUAUUGGAGUGGCCAUCACAAAGUCUUGACCUCAAUCCUAUAGAAGAUGUGUGGGCAGAACUGAAAAAGCGUGUGCGAGCAUGGAGGCCUACAAACCUGACUCAGUUACACCAGCUCUGUCAGGAGGAAUGGGCCAAAAUUCACCCAAGUUAUUGUGGGAAGCUUGUGGAAGGCUACCCGAAAUAUUUGACCCAAGUUAAACAAUUUAAAGGCAAUGCUACCAAAUACUAAUUGAGUGUAUGUAAACUUCUGACCCACUGGGAAUGUGAUGAAAGAAAUAAAAGCUGAAAUAAAUCAUUCUCUCUACUAUUAUUCUGACAUUUCACAUUCUUAAAAUAAAGUGGUGAUCCUAACUGACCUAAGACAUAAUUUUUACUAGAAUUAAAUGUCAGGAAUUGUGAAAAACUGAGUUUAAAUGUAUUUGGCUAAGGUGUAUGUAAACUUCCGACUUCAACUGUAUGCACGAGACAGAGAGAGAUGGAGGGAGAGAGAGAGAGAGAGAGAGAGAGAGAGAGAGAGAGAAAGAGAGAGAGAGACUUGGCAAUGUAAACAUAUGUUUCCCAUGCCAAUAAAGCCCUUAAAUUGAAAUUGAAUUGAGAGAGAGAGAGAGAGAGAGAGAGAGAGGGAGAGAGAGAGAUAGAGAGUUGGCAAUGUAAACGUGUUUCCCAUGCCAAUAAAGCCCUUAAAUUGAAAUUGAAUUGAGAGAGAGAGAGAGAGAGAGAGAUGGGGUGGUCAGAGGAAAUAGAAACGUUCACAUCAUGUAUCAUUAUUUGUUUGGAAAAAAAUGUCAGAGUAAGUAAUGUGAAAUGUCUCCUCUGGUCUCCUGUAGGUGAACCUGAAGGAACAGGGUCAACUGAGGUGUCAGGAUGAGUUCAUCGUGUGGUGCGGCCGCAGGAAGUACCUCCGUCACGUCUUCCUGUUCGAGGACCUCAUCCUCUUCAGCAAAACCAAAAAGAUAGAGGGAGGAUACGACCUCUACAUCUACAAGCAGUCCUACAAGGUGACAACGUCAACACACGCAGAGUGUUUUAAUAUGUACUAUGAAGUUAAGAACUAUGAGGUAAUAUGACGUUUCAGCCAGUGGGCUAACGUUAUGCUAUGUUGUUGUGUUCAGGCAGUGAUAAUUGUAUCGUUUAUUGUGAGGUGUGGAACCACAGUUAGCAGGGUUCUCCUCAAAGGAUUCAAUGGAGGCGCUGCACAAGUAUGUUCAGUCUCCAAAGCACCACAGGCAGUGUAUUCCAGUAAAGUUGACCGUUUCUGGCUACUCUUUCAGACGGCAGAGAUAGGAAUGACAGAGAGCGUGGGCGACAGUGGGCUGCGUUUCGAGAUCUGGUUCCGGAGGAGGAAGUCCCAGGACACGUUCAUCCUACAGGCCAGCUCUGGAGAGGUCAAGGCUGUGUGGACUGCCAUCAUCGGAAAGAUCCUCUGGAGGCAGGCGCUACGGAACAGGGGUGAGUUGUGGUGGGGAUUAGUGGGUCAUAUCUGGACAUGAGUUUAUCAUCUCUGUUGUUGUGUUCUGGAACAAGUGAUUCCUCUUUAUCUCUUGUCUGACCUGAGGCCUGUGUUGAUAACCUUCUGGACCAAUCAUUAAGAGGUGGCAUGUCCGGUUCUAGUCCGAGUCAACAUCAGUCAACCUCAGGUUCAUCAAAUGGAACCUCUCAUUGUGGGUCUGAGUGAGGGUCAUAACGUGUUUAUUCUCUUAACUACAGAGGUGCGCUUGAAAGAGAUGGUUUCCAUGGGGAUUGGCAGCAAGCCUUUCAUGGACAUCAAGCCUAGUGAUGCUGCCAUUAGUGACCGAGCCAUUGACUACAUAAUGAAGGGGUCAGGUAAGCUGUCUCUACGAUACGUUACGAUACAAUAACCUAAUAUGCGCGGAAUUUCAUUUUGUGAGGUCAGCAUACUAAAUUCACAAAAUCAAUACACUAUAAUAAUCGAUCUCUCGAUCUCCCUCUCUCUCUCUCUCUCUCGCUCUCUCGCUCUCUCGCUCUCACUCGCUCUCUCUCCACUCUCUCUCUCUUUCUCUCUGUUUGCUGAAUUUGACUUUCAACAACGUCUGCCAAUCCAGCUGCUGAUGAGAAAGCCUGAUUAGUAAAUUCUCUCCUUCCCGGGAUAGGGGUGCAUUGUCAAGUUCACCGAAGCAAAACAGAACAUCACAACAUCUCAGAGCACAUUUCUUCUGUUCUUCCUUUAAACACUUUAUAUGUUCUGUUCCAGCUGAAAUAUGUGGGUCCUCUCAAAGUCUUUAUCUACCCCCAUACUCCACCAGGCAGGUCUUAUGUACUGAUACAGUGUCAUGUUUGUAGAAGUGAGAGAGAGGUUGUCUGGACUUGUGUCUGUCGCAGGUGAUUUGGUGCAUGUCAGAUAUCAAAGGAUGUUGAAGUUAACGCACCAGGUGGAAUCAGUGCAGGCUUUUUCCAUUGACAUUCCAGUGCAGCAGCCUUAUCCAAAGUCAUCUAAUUUGCUAGCAUUCAGAAUCAAAUGACUUUUCUUUCAUGGAGCAAGCUGGAAUUCUCUCUCAACAAUACAGAACCUAAUGAAUGGCUGCUAGCUACCACAAGAAUUACAAAAUAUUUUGUUCUCAUUCUACACACAAUUUCUACCCGGCCUCCCUCUCUUUUUGUAAUAAACAUUUGUGUUGAUUUUGUACACAAAUAAUACAAAACAAACACAAUGAACUCAAGCACUAGACACAAUGAAACAUGAACUCAAACACUAGACACAAUGAAACAUGAACUCAAACACUAGACACAAUGAAACAUGAACUCAAACACUAGACACAAUGUAACAUGAACUCAAACACUAGACACAAUGUAACAUGAACUCAAACACUAGACACAAUGAAACAUGAACUCAAACACUAGACACAAUGUAACAUGAACUCAAACACUAGACACAAUGUAACAUGAACUCAAACACUAGACACAAUGAAACAUGAACUCAAACACUAGACACAAUGUAACAUGAACUCAAACGCUAGACACAAUGUAACAUGAACUCAAACACUAGACACAAUGUAACAUGAACUCAAACACUAGACACAAUGAACAUGAACUCAAACACUAGACACAAUGUAACAUGAACUCAAACACUAGACACAAUGUAACAUGAACUCAAACACUAGACACAAUGAAACAUGAACUCAAACACUAGACACAAUGAAACAUGAACUCAAACACUAGACACAAUGAAACAUGAACUCAAACACUAGACACAAUGUAACAUGAACUCAAACACUAGACACAAUGUAACAUGAACUCAAAACACUAGACACAAUGUAACAUGAACUCAAACACUAGACACAAUGUAACAUGAACUCAAACACUAGACACAAUGAAACAUGAACUCAAACACUAGACACAAUGAAACAUGAACUCAAACACUAGACACAAUGAAACAUGAACUCAAACACUAGACACAAUGUAACAUGAACUCAAACACUAGACACAAUGUAACAUGAACUCAAACACUAGACACAAUGUAACAUGAACUCAAACACUAGACACAAUGAAACAUGAACUCAAACACUAGACACAAUGAAACAUGAACUCAAACACUAGACACAAUGUAACAUGAACUCAAACACUAGACACAAUGUAACAUGAACUCAAACACUAGACACAAUGUAACAUGAACUCAAACACUAGACACAAUGUAACAUGAACUCAAACACUAGACACAAUGUAACAUGAACAGCUCAGAUUAGACUAACUAGAGGAAGAAUAGGAACAUCCUCUGCAUUAACCCAUGCUAGACUGACUGUCUGGCUAGUGUAUUGUUCCUCUCCUCUAACGUUACCUUACUGACAAUGUUGUGUGAAUACUCUUCAGAACUGUAUUCUGUUGUUGUCCCAGAGUAGCCUGAUCCAACCAGUGUUCUGUGGUUGUCCCAGAGUAGCCUGAUACCACCAGUGUUCUGUGGUUGUCCCAGAGUAGCCUGAUACCACCAGUGUUCUGUGGUUGUCCCAGAGUAGCCUGAUACCACCUGUGUUCUGUGGUUGUCCCAGAGUAGCCUGAUACCACCUGUGGUAUGUGGUUGUCCCAGAGUAGCCUGAUACCACCAGUGUUCUGUGGUUGUCCCAGAGUAGCCUGAUACCACCUGUGUUCUGUGGUUGUCCCAGAGUAGCCUGAUACCACCUGUGUUCUGUGGUUGUCCCAGAGUAGCCUGAUACCACCUGUGUUCUGUGGUUGUCCCAGAGUAGCCUGAUACCACCUGUGGUAUGUGGUUGUCCCAGAGUAGCCUGAUACCACCAGUGUUCUGUGGUUGUCCCAGAGUAGCCUGAUACCAUCUGUGUUCUGUGGCUGUCCCAGAGUAGCCUGAUACCACCUGUGUUAUGUGGUUGUCCCAGAGUAGCCUGAUACCACCAGUGUUCUGUGGUUGUCCCAGAGUAGCCUGAUACCACCUGUGUUCUGUGGCUGUCCCGGAGUAGCCUGAUACCACCAGUGUUCUGUGGCUGUCCCAGAGUAGCCUGAUACCAUCUGUGUUCUGUGGCUGUCCCAGAGUAGCCUGAUACCACCUGUGUUCUGUGGUUGUCCCAGAGUAGCCUGAUACCACCUGUGUUCUGUGGCUGUCCCAGAGUAGCCUGAUACCACCUGUGUUCUGUGGCUGUCCCAGAGUAGCCUGAUACCACCAGUGUUCUGUGGUUGUCCCAGAGUAGCCUGAUACCAUCUGUGUUCUGUGGCUGUCCCAGAGUAGCCUGAUACCACCUGUGUUCUGUGGUUGUCCCAGAGUAGCCUGAUACCACCAGUGUUCUGUGGUUGUCCCAGAGUAGCCUGAUACCACCUGUGUUCUGUGGCUGUCCCGGAGUAGCCUGAUACCACCAGUGUUCUGUGGCUGUCCCAGAGUAGCCUGAUACCAUCUGUGUUCUGUGGCUGUCCCAGAGUAGCCUGAUACCACCUGUGUUCUGUGGUUGUCCCAGAGUAGCCUGAUACCACCUGUGUUCUGUGGCUGUCCCAGAGUAGCCUGAUACCACCUGUGUUCUGUGGCUGUCCCAGAGUAGCCUGAUACCACCAGUGUUCUGUGGCUGUCCCAGAGUAGCCUGAUACCACCUGUGUUCUGUGGUUGUCCCAGAGUAGCCUGAUACCACCAGUGUUCUGUGGCUGUCCCAGAGUAGCCUGAUACCACCUGUGUUCUGUGGUUGUCCCAGAGUAGCAUCUUACUCCCUUCCAUGGAGCCAUGAUCCAUAGGUAGAAAUGUGUACAGUAAAAUGUUCAUGUUCUAUACACAAUCCUUCCCUCUCUCCCUCCAGAGUCGAGGACCAGGGCAUCCAUCGCGGUGUCCUCCUUCGACCACUCCACACCCUUUAAGCGGCCUCACUCCACCAUCUCCAACAGUAGCACCUCCUCUUCCUCCUCCCAGUCCUCCUCCUCACUGCUGGGCUCCCUCAACCUGCACCUGUACCCCUCGCCUGCCCACCAGCACCCCCACGCCCUGGGCAGCGUACCCUCCUUCAGCCACUGGCCCUACGACUGCAUUGAGGAGGACGAGCUGGAGCAGGACACUGGCAGCCAGCCUUCUAUGAGUGAGUGACAGGCAGGCAGCCCCUAACAGGUAUCCAUGUCUGAGACCCAAAUGACACCCUAUUCUCUAUUUAGUGCACUACUUUUGACCAGAACCCUGUAAGUCCUGGUCAACCGUAGUGCACUAUAUAGGGGAUAGGGUGCCAUUUGGUACGCAUCCCAUGUCCUCAGCCUAAAGUGUCUUACUGUCCCUAACACAUUACUAAGGGUGUCUUGUUCCUCUCUGUCCCCCUGAAAGUGUCCCUAAACUAAAUGACUACCUUAUCUUCUCUGUGUUGUCCAACAGUCACAGAGAGCUCGGGGGAGACAUCGUCCCAGUGUAUCUCCAGUGACAGUGUGACGGGGCUGAGCAGCCUCGCCCUCCCCAUCCCAGGCCACGGCCGCCCCAACAUCAUCAUCAGCACCUUCCCCAGCGACUCCACUUCCUCCUUCCUGUGUUCGUCCACGCCUCUCGGCUCCUCCCACCCUCAGAUGGCCCCUCCCCCAGCCCCGUUCCCUAAGGACCAGGACCUCCAAGCCCAGGGCAGCAUCUUCAUCACAGCAGUGAGUAGAAUGGUUGUUUUUACACAUAAUAGUGACCUAGUGUAGACACAUUUAAAGUAGCUAAUAAUGAAAUCAUUUCAAAUACUUAAUCUGUGCUUGAUUGAGCAUACUGAAUCUGUGCUUGAUUGAUUUUGCCUGCCUUAAUGGAUCAAUAGAAUAGUCCCAAGCACUUCAGGCAGGCUAGAGCAAACGCUCAGUCAUUAAAAGAUUUCAAAUAGUAUUUGAACCCAGGUCUGGUCGGUAGCUAAUAGCUCUGUUCUUGCGCUGAUUGCUGAAUACUCUCAGUUGAAGUGAAGUAUCUUCUGAAGGUUUUUAUACACUGGGGCAUGAAUGAUUCUGUUUAUUCAGAGGUUUGCUAACCCACCCACUAUCUGUCAUCCAACAUCAUCCUGACCAAUCAAUCAUGUCAUUCCAGUGGAGUGAACAGUGAACAUUGCAGCCAUUGGCUCUCCCUGGUUUCUCUCUCACAACCAUUUUGUGUGUUGUUUUGUUUUUGCCAGAGCAAGACCUCUCAUAUUACAACAGGCCUCUCUACAGUGGUCUGACUCACAGAGAGAGAGGGCUUUUUAGCUCAGUAAGUCAUUGGGUCUGGCCAGAGUGAGCGUGGUCUGUGUCGUGUUCUGUUUGGUUCACAGCCUUGUUGACAACUGUGGGGAUCUCCCUCCGUCUGUUCCCUGAAUACUAAUCUGUGUGCAAACAUGCUUGUGUGUGUGUGUGUGUGUGUGUGUGUGUGUGUGUGUGUGUGUGUGUGUGUGUGUGUGUGUGUGUGUGUGUGUGUGUGUGUCUGUGUCUGUGUGUGUGUGUGCAUGGAUGCAUGACAGUGUCCUGCUGGGGUUAAAUGGCUGGUGUGUCGGGACUAGUUAACACUCUGGGUCCUAGUGAUAGAUGAUUUGUUGUGUCAAGCUUUUGGGUUCUCUGGUCCGUCUCACGUCUCACGUCUCACGUCUCACGUCUCACGUCUCAUGUCUCACGUCUCACGUCUCACGUCUCAUGCGCCUCUGUGUCCUUCUGGCAUGCGUGGUAUAGCAUGUUACAUAGCUAUAUGUUUGUUCUGCUUUUGUUGGAGUUGUUGAUGCACCUUCAAAUGUUAAAAGGUUCACUUGCUGUUCAUACAGUACCUUAGCUCAGCAGCUAGGAGGCAGCAGAUCCUUUGUGAUGGGUGCAGAAAUCUGUUGUAAUAUACGGUUAUGACAUUGUAAUCAUCUACCCUUAUGUUCAUAAGAUGUAGAUGGAGCCUGAUCAGUAGAUUUACUGUCUAAAUGUUAGACAAUAAUGUCAAAUAAACCUUUCUCUAGCUCAGUAGUACCAGACAGUUGGGGUGGACGUUUGGCAAUGUUUGAUAGUUUGUAAAUACUUUUUGUUAACCCUGUCAAUGUGUCUUCUUCUUCUUCUAGCUGUGAGGCCACUGCACUGAGAACUGGUGUUACGGAGGAUCAGUAAGGACUUGUGAGUGAGGAAGCUAUACUGUUAAGCAUGCACAGUGGACUCUACUGUGUCUCUACUGGACUACUGGACUCUACUGUGUCUCUACUGGACUACUGGUCUCUACUGGAUUCUACUUGUCUCUACUGGACUCUACUGGUCUCUACUGGACUCUACUGGUCUCUACUGGACUCUACUGUGUCUCUACUGGACUCUACUGGUCUCUACUGGACUCUACUGGUCUCUACUGGACUCUACUGGACUCUACUGGACUCUACUGUGUCUCUACUGACCACUCUGACAGCAACAGACACACAACAGACCACUCUGACGACAACAGACACACAACAGACCACUCUGACAGCAACAGACACACAACAGACCACUCUGACAACAACAGACAAACAACAGACCACUCGGACAACAACAGACACACAACAGACCACUCUGACAACAACAGACACACAACAGACCACUCUGACAACAACAGACACACAACAGACCACUCUGACAGCAACAGACACACAACAGACCACUCUGACAACAACAGACACACAACAGACCACUCUGACAACAACAGACACACAACAGACCACUCUGACAACAACAGACACACAACAGACCACUCUGACAACAACAGACCACACGACAGACACUCACAGCAGAGACUGAUGGCCUUCGGCAUUUCAUAA